AUGCUCCAGUGCCUAUCAUUCCAGGUUGUAACUUCAAUCAACGACUGCAUACUGCGAAGUCGUGGUCAUACAAGAUAUUUGAUUUCGGCAGAUCUCGAUGAAAUCAUUGUUGCUCACAAGGAGGAUUCGCUGCUCAAAUUGCUUGACAAACUAGAAAUGUUAUCAAAAGAAUCAAGAGCAUUUGUAAUUCGCAGCAGUUUCGCACUUUACGAG